AUGUCUACAAACAAUGAAUCAAAUAGCAUUCAAAAUUCUGAUAAAAGCAAAAAUGCAAAAUUAUCCAAUAGAAUUAAUAUUCCUAUUCAAAUAGUUUCAUCAAUUGCAUUAGGCAUAAUAUUUGGUUUUUUAAUGAACAAAGGAAGUGUAUGUCUGAGUACAAUAAUUCGAAGGCAAAUGUUAUUUGCACGCGUAGCAAUGCUUAAAAUGUUUUUUUCUGCGAUUGGAACGUCAAUGUUGAGUAUAGCUUUGCUUACUCUUAUCGAUGAAUCAACUUAUAGAAAUGUUUUGAAUGGAUUUAUUAAGCGUAACGAACGUAUUGACGUUCGUCAUCUUAUUACUGGAGGUUGUCUCAUGGGAGUGGGCAUGGUUCUUGCUGGUAGUUGUCCAGGAACAAUAUUUGUUCAAAUUGGCGCCGGUCUACGAAAUGCUCUUAUAACAGCUCUUGGUGGUAUGUGUGGAGUUUUGUUUUAUUAUCUAUUUCUUCAAAAACGUUUGACGAAACAUGAAGUACCAAAAUCAUCAAUAGCUCUACAGCAACUUCCAGAUUUAAUGGGUGUAAAACGUAUUCAUCUGAAUUUAAUAUUUGGUGUAACAUUGAUUAGUAUUGCAUUUAUUUUGGAAUAUUUUUUUACCUAUACAUAUGGUUUAAUGGUAUCAAGUGAGUUUCAGAAACUAACUGGUUGGUCAGCAGCAGUAUGUGGUAUUGGUGUUGGUUUGUUGCAAUUAUUUUUUAUGAUUUUAUUUCAAAAAUCAUUAGGAAUAUCAACAGCAUUUUCUGUAUUAGUUGCACAAUUAUGUCGUAUACCAGUUUUUAAACAAUUAAUACCAUCGCUAGAAUCAUUUACUUAUGGAAUACAAAAUAUUGUGACAUUAUUAUUUGCAUUCGGAGCUGUUGUAGGAAGUUUUAUGUCAACAGUUUCAGGAAAUCAAUUUCCUUUAAAUGAAAGAUAUGGUGCAACUCCUUGGAAUAGUUUUUUUGGCGGAUUUUUAUUAUUAGUUGGUGCACGUUGUGCUGGUGGUUGUACGAGUGGACAAGGAAUUUCUGGUGUUUCCCAUCUUUUGGUUGGUUCUCUCAUUGCAACAGCAUCAAUAUUUGCUGGUGGAAUAUCUUUUGCUGUAAGCUAUGGAUUAAUAACAGGAGACUGGCAAUUUCAUAAUUUAUAA